AUGCAAGGUCAAGGAGAAGAGGGCCUUGGCCAGCGUCACAAGGCCGUCAUUAUCAUUGGAGGGGGGUUUGGAGGUAUUGCUAUGGCCUGCCAAUUGAAGAGAAAGCUAGGAUGCACCGACUUCUGUCUGCUGGAACGUCAAUCGGGCAUAGGAGGCACGUGGUGGAUCAAUACCUACCCAGGCAUAGCCUGUGACAUUCCUUCGCCGUUCUAUUCCUUCUCCUUCUCCCAAAAGCCGGAUUGGUCAACGUUCUAUGCACCAGGCAAGGAGAUUUGUCAGUACCUUGAAAAGGUAGUCCACGACUUCGAACUGGGGGACAAGCUGUACUUGGAUACAGAAGUGUGCUCAUGCAAGUGGAACACCAAAAUCAGCCUGUGGGAGGUUACAACUCGCCAGUUGUUGCCAGGCCUCGGGGACCUCUCCAGUGCGGAACAAAAACGGAUUCUAGAAACCAAAGGUCCUUCAUCAGUCUUCUUGAACGAGACGACGUGGACCUGCAGGCUCCUUAUCAGCGCUAUCGGGGGCCUUGAUAAAUUCCAAGAAAAGGUCAUCCACUCGGCAAGAUGGGAUUCAAACACUGACUUUCGCGGGAAGAAUGUUGUGGUCGUGGGAACUGGGUGCAGCGCUGCUCAGUUGGUUCCGCGGUUACUUAACAGCGACUACGGGGCCAGCCACGUCACGCAGCUCAUGAGAGAGCCUCCAUGGGUGCUACCCCAUGCCACGCCUCCUCUGGGUAAUCACUUCUACGAAAAAUGGAGUCCAUUGCUAUGCUCGUACAUACCAGCCUACAUACAGGCAUUUAGAGCCGUGGUUGCCUUGGUCACUGAGCUUGAUUUUCAGCUCUUCGGUGCCAGUCAUUCUAGCAAGCGGAAAAGACACCAUCUUGAACAAAAGCUACUUCAGCACAUAAGAAAAACGGUUCCGAGUAAAUACCAUAACAUAUUGACGCCAAAGUACUCCAUAGGAUGCAAGCAGCGUAUCUACAAUACUACAUGGUUCCCUUAUUUACACGACUCGCGAAUUGAGCUUACAACUCUGGCGAUGGAAAGUGUUGAUGAGAAUAGCAUAACUCUACGUCCAGGUCCAAAGACCCAUCCGACAGAGAAGAGCCUUAAAGCUCGCAGGGUUCCCGCCGACAUCAUCGUGCUCACAAACGGUUUUGCCGUCAGCCAAUGGUUCCAUCCUCUUGAGGUCGUGGGAAGCAAGGGGACGACCUUGGAAGGGGAGUUCGAGGAGCGAGGAGGCCCACAAUUGUAUCGUGGCACAGCUCUUGACGGGUUCCCUAAUCUAUUUCCUCUCUUUGGCCCCAACAGUUUCACAGGGCACAGCAGCGUCGUGCUUGGCCUCGAAAACCAAGUAGAUCAUGCCAUCAGGCUGAUGCGUCCUGUUCUUGCUGGAGAAGCCAAGACAGUAGAGGUAAAACGGUCUGCCGUCGUCAACUACAAUGAAGAAGUACAGUUAGACUUGGGAAAGAUGGUAUGGAACAGCGGUGGCUGCUCCAACUGGUAUGUGGCUUCUAAUAGCCGCAAUUCCAUGUCAUACCCGUAA